AUGAAAAAGAUAUGGCGACCAGCUUUAUUUCCACCACGUAUAAGAGGUCAACAUGAUAUUUCACCAUACGACCAAGAUGCUAUUUACCAGGCCAAAAUAGAAUAUGAGAAGUUCGAAGAAGAUUAUUUAAUAUACCUAUAUGAAUGUAAAUAUUUAUCUCGAGAUGAUGUAGAUGUGGACUACAAACACUACAUAGAUCACAAUAUUUACUAUAGAAGAAAGUUAAAUCAAGAAAAAUCAAACUUGGAAUAUGAAAGAUUCUAUACUCAAGACCAAGCACAAUCAGGCCCACAAGAACAAACAUCCAAUGGUACAGAAUUUUGUGCUAACGAGAUAAGCCACGAUUUGAACGCCACACCAACAAGUUCAACUUGGCCACAGCAAGCGAGAGUUCAUAAAGAAUUGUUCCCAGAAAUACCACAAUUUGAAUCUCCCAGUGCACUGCAACUUAAUCUUGAAGACCCAAUUCGUAGCUUUAAUACAUUUCCUCUGGGUGACAUGCUCACAGGCAAACAUGACGAAAACAGUUCAGAAAAUGGCACAACUGCUAUUGGAACACCAGUAAACAUAGAUAUCUUUCAAAAUUGUUGGGAAAAAUCAGACAAUGAUUCCGAAUAUCAAGUUAAUCAAAAUCUAUCCACAAGGCGUUCUGAAGACCAAAAUUUCAAUCAAAUGGUUGAUGCAACCAUAUUUCACUCAAGUGAUGUGAAUUAUCAAGACUCGUGGUUCAGUACAGACAGAUCACUAACAUCACCAGCACCUCCUUACAUUCAUCAAGACAUCCAAGCUGGAAGAAAACCUGUCGUCGACGAACCCGAAUUACAAAAGCAAUUAAAAUCGGGAGAAUCUACUAAUAUUAUGGACGAGGUGCGCCAAAGGACAAGGACACACAAUCGAAGAUCCAUGAAGCCAGUCCAAUGCAAUCCUCUUACUUUGUCAGUACACCAUGGUGAAGUGUCACCAGACACUGCUCUUACACCAGUCGAGUCGAGAAAGGAUACGACAAACUUUGCUUUCAAUCCUUUCUAUAAAUGCAGCCAUAUUAUGCAUGAUGGAAAUUCCUAUGAACAGUCAAUUCCACGAAGACAAAACGCCAUUCCGGAUUGUACUAAUGAGCAACAGGCUCUGGAAACAGCAGAUGCAGUUACAAAGCCCAAAACGUUGUCUUGUUCACUGUCUAAGAAACUGAUUGAGCAUCAGAAAAUCAGGAAAGAGGCACUUGUAGAAGCAAAUACGCGAAACGAACCAAAUAAUACAUGUACAUUAAUCGAGAAGGUAAAAAAGAGACGUCUGACAGAAACUGAAUCCAAACAAAAGAAAAAGAACAAACAGAGCAGAUCGGAUGAAGAAUCUGGAAAAUCAAUACGUCAAAAGAAUGAACGGGAACAAAAUGUACAGACCCCAUCAGAAAACAAGACGGAGAUUGUAGAGAUACUAUACGAUACAAGAUAUGUAGACGUCAAUAAAUUACCAUCUACUGAACGAGAAGAACUGAACAAGUGUUUAUUGAACUCAGAUGAUAUUUCUGUUACUCUACUCUAUAAUAAUGGAACAACUUUACUAUCCAAUGGUCAUCAACAACUCGAAAAUACUAAGUUAAAGGGAAUUACACUUGUAAUCAAGGGAUGUGCUUCACCGGAUUUUAAAGACCAGUUAAUAAUAUUCUCCUUUCUAACAGAAGAUGCCGAGUUUCUUAAUUGGUUCAAAAACUGCUUCAGUACCCUACUAAAGGAAAAGGAAAUAGUUGCCUUUGAUGCGCAGAAAAUUGUUGUUGCUUUGAUAGAGGUUUUCGACUUCAAAGAUAUCGAGAAAAAAGAAACUGAAUGUUGGAUGUUGAAAGAUCCACUGUUAGGUACCUGGUUAUUAGAUGCUGAUAAAUCACCUAAAACUCUACAAGAUGUGUUUAACUGUAUUAAAAUCAAACCUAUCAGUACUCAGACUGGUAAUAAAGAAACAAGUUGGUUUAUUAAAGCCACAUUACUACAAAUGAUAUCAGCAAUGAAGAAAAUAAGAGAAAAACUGAUAUCAGAGAAUAUUUAUAAAUUAUUCCUCGUCGAAACGGCUUUAAUACCUAUACUAGCCUGUAUGGAAACGGCGAGAAUCAAAAUACAUAUGGAGAAAGUUAACCAAUUUUCGUCCAUUCUAAAGAAAAAGCUGUCCAAAUUGGAAAAUGAAGCGUUCAAAUCAGUUGGUCAUACUUUUCUGAUCAAUAGUCAUCCACAGUUGCGUCAGGUAUUAUAUGAAGAGCUCCAAUUAGACAAGAAGUUACCAGCCAACAGUAAAUUAGUUAAAACUAGUGUAGCACAUCAGAAAUCCACCUCGGAGAGUAUGUUAUCACAAUUAACACCGUACCAUCCUCUACCAAAUAUUGUUCUAGAGUAUAGACAGUUACAGAAGUUAAAAUCAACGUAUGUAGAUGGGAUGUUAUCGUGUAUUGAUAAGGGUUAUCUGUCUACAUAUUGGGAUCAGAUCGGAGCUGCUACUGGACGCUUAUCAUCCUAUCAUCCUAAUAUACAGGCUAUACCCAAAACUUGUGUCACUAUUACUAACUAUCAGGAUAAUUUUAUAGAAGGAAAAACAGAUGAAUCCAAGAUUGAUAUUUAUGCAAGAGAACCAUUUAUAAGCCAUGACGGUUGGCUUCUUCUAGCUGCUGAUUUUCAGCAAAUUGAGCUACGGUUACUGGCACAUUUAUCAAAUGAUCCACAACUACUAGAGAUAUUUAAUACAUCUAAUAAGGAAGAUAUAUUUCUAACUCUUACUUCACAAUGGUUGUGUAAACCAUAUGAUAGAAUUAGCCAGACAGAACGUGAACAAACCAAGAGAAUAGUUUAUUCUGUCAUGUACGGUGUAGGUAAAGACAGAUUAGCUGAUUAUCUGAAGGUAUCACCCGAUAACGCCAAGGGUAUAAUGAACAGUUUCCUUAUAAAAUUCCCUGCAGUUAACAGAUUUACGAAAUCUUGUAUUCAAUUCUGUAAAAAACAUGGAUUUACCAGAACACUAUUUGGUAGAAGACGAUACGUUCCCAAUAUACACAGUUAUAAUCCAGUUCUUAGAGCACAAGCUGAGAGACAAUGUGUCAACUUUCGUGUUCAAGGAUCAGCGGCCGAUUUAUGUAAAGCAGCAAUGGUACAAGUUGAAUCAAAACUUCGUCAAUAUAAUACCAGACUGUUAGUUCAGAUCCAUGAUGAACUGGUGUGGGAAGUUCCAGAAAAAGAUAUUUCUAUAGUCAAAGACACCAUUAAACAAGCAAUGGAGGAUAAAGAAUUACUGUGUCAGGAUAUAGCCAGUUUGAAAGUUCCACUGAGUAUUACCAUCAGUACUGGAGCUAGUUGGGCUCAUCUUACUUCACCAGAUAAAUUAACCUCAACUCCUCCACAGGAUGAUAAAUGUUAA